GCGUUAUCUCGAUUUAGCCCUAACCUAUACGGCUGCUUCACCCAGAUUUCCUCAUCUUAACCAGAAAAAAAAAACCAAAAGCCUUAUUCUAAUCUCUUCUCAAACCUUCACUUUUUCAAUUCAUCGGACUCUCGAUCAAAAUAUAUUUGUUGCUCAGACUUCUUUUCUUUUUUAGAUCUCUUUCCCAUUUGUUUAUCCGUUUAGACUUAUCGGUUCUGUCCGAAGAAGCUUGUUUGUUAAAUUCUGUCGUUUUAUCCGAAUCAAAAACAAUCAAGUGGGGAGGGAAGAAGAUGGCUGGAGGUGGAAACAGGAGAGAGGAAGGGUCGAUUACGAUCCAGAGCACCAAUUUGUUUGCAGCUUUGGACACUCGCAAGAAGAAGAAGAAGACUGACAAAGCUGGCAAGAGCAAAGGGUCCUCCUCCUCAUCCUCCUCUAAGACACAGAAGGAGCCUGAGCCUCAGGUUUUCUGGGCGCCUACGCCUUUGAAAGUCAAGUCUUGGGCUGAUAUUGAUGAUGACGAUGAAGACGAUGACUAUUACGCUACCACUGCUCCUCCUCUCCCCUCGGGUUGGACCACUUCUGAGCCUAAAGACACUCCUGUUGAGGAAAGUGAAAGUGAGGAAGAUGUACUUGAUGAAGGUGAUGAUGAUGUGGAUGAAGAGCACGAAACAGAGGUGCAAGUUCAUCCGGAACCGGAGCCUGAGGUGAAGAAAGCACCUGAAGCUCCUGCACCUCCCAAAGAGGCUGAGAGGCAACUUUCCAAGAAAGAGAGGAAGAGGAAGGAACUUGCUGAGCUUGAGGCUUUGUUGGCAGAUUUUGGAGUUGCCCCUAAGGAGGAUAAUGGUCAAGAAGAGGCUAAAGAAGAGAUCAAUGGAGAGGGAGAGAAGAAAGAGAAUGCAGCAGGUGGGGAGUCAAAGGCAUCAAAGAAGAAGAAAAAGAAGGAUAAACAGAAGGAGGUUAAAGAAUCUCAAGAGCAACAAGCUAACGCAGAUGAAGCUGCUGGGUCUGAACCGACUGAGGAAGAAUCUGCAGUUGAUGUCAAAGAAAGGCUGAAAAAGAUUGCAUCCAUGAAGAAGAAGAAAUCAAGCAAAGAGAUGGAUGCCGGAGCCAAAACUGCCGCCCAGGAGGCAGCUGCAAGACGUGCAAAGCUGGCGGCUGCAAAGAAGAAGGAGAAGAACCACUAUAACCAACAGCCUGUGCGGUAAGCUUAACCCGCCAUUUUGAUCUUUUGAUGGACAUACGAGUAUGGGCAUGUAUUUGGCCCGUAUUUUGUUCAUAAUGGUGUCUUCUUCUCAGCUCUGCUUUAAUAAAUCUUUUGAAGGUUUCUGGUUUUAGAGUUGGUACGCACAUUGAAUCCUUUUUUUUUUCUAGUCUUAUAAUGAUGAUGUCCAAAGACAAAAAAAAACUUGAAAAUUUCGUUUCUUUCUGUAAACUUUUGUCCUUUUUAAUCUCAGGUGCGAUGAUUUUACCUUCUCU